AUGCCCACAAACAAGAAAAUUACAUCCAAGAAAGAUUCCAGUCAGUCAAAAAAUGGAGUUCAAAAACCUGAAACAUCAAGGAAGAGCCAAGAUGAUAAGACCACUUCAGAGGGCCACUGUCCAGAGAGCCAGCCUGCAGUACUUUCAACUGAAGAUAUAGAGACAGUUAAUGAAGUUUCCAAAUUGAGUAUUGCUCAUGAAAUCAUAGUAAACCAAAAUUUCGUGGUAGAAGAGAAUUAUUUACCUCAAGGAAGUCUAGAAAACAAGUUUGUGGAGACAAUGUACAAUGCAUUUUGGGACCACUUGAAAAAUCAACUGUCAAGUACUCCUCCUGACUUUUCUUGUGCUCUUGAACUUAUAAACAACAUAAAACAGAUUUUGGUGUCACUGCUAUUACCACGUCAGAACCAUCUAAGAAAUGAGAUUGAAGAAGCAUUAGACAUGGAUCUUCUCAAACAAGAAACUGAACACGGAGCUCUGGAUGUCCCUCAUCUCUCAAAUUAUAUCCUCAACUUGAUGGCUCUCAUGUGUGCACCAGUUAGAGAUGAAGCCGUACAGAAACUAGAAAGCAUAAAGGAUCCAGUACAGUUACUAAGGGGCAUCACCCAGGUUCUGGACCUGAUGAAAAUGGACAUGAUAAACUAUACUAUCAAGAGCAUCCGACCAUACUUGCUGGAACAUUCUAUCGAAUAUGAACGAGCUAAAUUCCAAGAACUCCUUGACAAGCAGCCUGAGUUCCUUGAUUGCACCAUCAAAUGGAUGACUAGAGCUGUUACAGAACUUGUUACAUCACUGCCAAGUACAUCUGUCUCUCCGAGCACUUCUUUUGGCAUAGUCAGUUCAUUUCCAUCUCCAAAACCUGACCCAGAUCCACCUAGUCUUACCACAGUACUAUACCAAGGCUACCUAAACCUUGUUCUCAAGGACCAUGGGAAUGAAGAAUUUCCUGAGACUCUGCUGAUGGAUAAAGCACGACUGCAGAACACGAAAUCCAAGUUAUGUCACCUUACUGUUUUAGCCUCAGUUUUACUUGUGGCAAGAAGUUUCUCUUGUGGUGUUUUAUUCAGCUCACCAAAAUUUGUGGAUAAACUGAAGCGCAUAACCAAGGCUCUAAUAGAAGAAUUUAGUUCCAACCCAGAAGAAUCUAUGUUAAGUGUGAGUGAACAAGUAUCUCGGGAAAUCCAUCAAGGUCUCAAAGACACAGGCCUCACUGCUCUGAGCACUGAAAACAGGGCAUCUCUUGUAGGCCAACUCCAGAACAUUGCCAAGAAAGAGAACUGCAUUCGUUCCAUCAUUGAACAACGAAUACAUUUGUUCCUUAAAAGCUGUUUGAUUCAUGGCAUGCAGGAAUCUCUUCUAGAUGUCCCUGGAGGCCUCCUUUUCAUUGAACCUGAGUUGGCAGAACUAGGCUGGAAGUUUGUUAAUCUGAUGCAUCAUAACCAGCAGGUAUAUAAUCCAUACUAUGCUGAGAUCCUAACAAAUAUCAUCUCUUCACGAAAUGGAGACAAAAACGACAAAAAGCCUGUCUCAUAA